AUGUCGGCAGCAGAAAGAAUAGGACAAGCCGGCAACCUGGACCAGAUGGGGGUAUGCAUGGUCGCCGCCUUAUUCGUCCCGUCCACUGCCGGCGCCUACAUCUUCCUAUCAACGGUCCCAAAAGGCCCCAGAAGGCAAGGCAUGCUCAGCAAGGGCUACCAAAAGGCUCCAACUUGGUGGGCGGCUAUUGAGAGAAAGUCCAAAACAUACUGUCAUGCUGAAGAUGGCGCCGAACACGAUUUCGAAGAGUGGUUUCGGUUGAACCGGAGCUCCCUCCCACACAUCUCGUUGGCGACCGACCCCAAGAACGGCUUCGAAUAUUUCCGCGUCCGGGACCGGGACAACGAGCUCUCCCCGCUCAAGUUGGCAGUGUGGGGCUGCUAUAAGCGCGAACGCGAUCCGAAUCUUUCCCAGCUGGGCCAUUUUGUCGAGCUCUGCACCAGCGGUGACAAACAGCCAAACUGCCAAGAGGUUGCGCGAAGGCUAAAGAUUGAGUUUUGUACUCGAGAUAAGCUAGACGCGGAAUUCGCGACAAUAGAAGCAGAGCGGGAGGAGGGCUUCACCGGCCCCCCCAUGCUUUACACGACGGGCUACACGACGUAUCACUCGACGGGCCAUUCCACGACCGGCGGUGGCAACAGCUCAAACUACUCCUACAACUCUUCAUCAUACCGCGCCGGCCCCUCUUCAAGUCAGGGACAAUCAUACAGCGCAGCCCCGCGAGCAGCAAUGCAUAGCCAGGCACGCUCGGCGGCGGUGUCCGACCUGACAGAGCGCAUGUCGUCGCUCAGUGUCCGCUCGUCCUCAUCAACCAGGCAGCCAAGAUUCAGCACGGCCACAGGUAAUAGCGGGGCGACGGUCACUGGGGGCAGGUCCCGUAACUCUUCGGCUCAAAGAGAUUCGUACUGGGAAUGGGACUCGGAAAGAAGACGAUACUUUCACCGAGAGGCCAAUGGCAGGACGACGUGGCGCUCCUAG